AUGAAUGGUGUCGGUGGAAUUAUUUUUGAUUUUGUCUUCCAGUUUCAGUGUUAUAAUAUCGUCAAAAGAACAAGAAAUGUGCUGAUAUUGUGCUAAAUUAUUGCGUUAUAAGUGAACUAAAAUGUGGCACGAAGCAAGAAAACAGGAGCGAAUGAUUCGCGGUCUGAUAGUCGAUUAUCGACGCAGGGCGGAGCGUCGUAAAGAUUUCUAUGAGAAAAUCAAGGCAGAACCUACACAAUUCCUUCAACUACACGGUAGACCAUGCAAGAUUCACCUAGAUCCCGCUAUUGCUGCCGCCGGGGAGAGUUCGGCUAUUAUGAUGCCAUGGCAGGGUGAUUCCAACAACAUGAUUGAUAGAUUUGAUGUCCGAGCCCAUUUGGACUUCAUACCAGAAAUAAAAUACCCUGACGUACCCCCAGAGGAGCUAGAUCCUGAAGAAAGGCAGUGCAACUAUGAGCGAUACAGAAUCCUCGCACAGAAUAUGUUUCUUGGGAUAAGUGAAGACAAAUUCCUACAGCAGCUGGCCAUCGAAGAACAAUUCGGUGUCACCAUCGAAGAGAAGGAAAUGCAAAAGGGGAAGUUGAACGAAAAGAAAGGAACCGGAGCAGCUAUAGGAUACAAUUAUUCAGAUCCGGGAGCCCAACCCUCUAGCUCUAACGGCCCAGAUCUUAAAAAAGUGGAACAAAAGGAUUCGGACGAUGACUCGGAUCUUGAGCUCAUUGAUGUGGACCUGAGCAUUGAUGUCAAUAAAAUGGAGGCUUCACAGGCGCAUUCCCUGAACGCGGUGGGUCCCGUGUGGGGCAUGGCGGGCUGCGACCUGUUCUCGUUCCUGACGGGCGACGCGGAUGACGCGGAGCAACAGAAGCAGCUUCUUCGCGAGGAGAAGGAGAAAGCAAUGUUCUCGGGACGGAAGAGCAGGAGGGAGAGGCGCGCGCACCGGUCAGUAGAUACUAGUGUCUUAUGCUGUUCUUGUAUUCUUAGGUCCUCUUUCUUUAUAAGCCACUCCCUCAACGCGGUGGGUCCCGUGUGGGGCAUGGCGGGCUGCGACCUGUUCUCGUUCCUGACGGGCGACGCGGAUGACGCGGAGCAGCAGAAGCAGCUUCUUCGCGAGGAGAAGGAGAAAGCCAUGUUCUCGGGACGGAAGAGCAGAAGGGAGAGGCGCGCGCACCGGUCAGUGGAUACUAGUUUCUUUACAAACCAUUCCCUGAACGCGGUGGGUCCCGUGUGGGGCAUGGCGGGCUGCGACCUGUUCUCGUUCCUGACGGGCGACGCGGAUGACGCGGAGCAGCAGAAGCAGCUUCUUCGGGAGGAGAAGGAGAAAGCCAUGUUCUCGGGACGGAAGAGCAGAAGGGAAAGACGCGCGCACCGAUCUAUGGACGGAAGAGCAGAAGGGAGAGACGCGCGCACCGCCAUUCCCGUGUGGGGCAUGGCGGGCUGCGACCUGUUCUCGUUCCUGACGGGCGACGCGGAUGACGCGGAGCAGCAGAAGCAGCUUCUUCGGGAGGAGAAGGAGAAAGCCAUGUUCUCGGGACGGAAGAGCAGAAGGGAGAGGCGCGCGCACCGCGACAAGAAGCUAGCGUCCCGCGUGGUGAGCCCGCCCAGCUACGCCGCGCCGCGCUCGCGCUCGCCCUCCGCGUCGCCCGCGCGGCCCCCGCGCUCGCCGUCGCCCGACGCGCCGUCAGCCAUACAGUUCAUCACGUCCUUCGGCGGCGACGACGACCGUGAGUGUACUGUCGCCGGCUUCCAGUGUAGGCCCCAACCUUCAGUGGCCCGCGCGGUGAGCCCGCCUAUAGUCUGCUACGCCGCGCCGCGCUCGCGCUCGCCCUCCGCGUCGCCCGCGCGGCCCCCGCGCUCGCCCUCGCCCGACGCGCCGUCAGCCAUACAGUUCAUCACGUCCUUCGGCGGCGACGACGACCACUAUAGCUACGCCGCGCCGCGCUCCCCCUCGCCCGACGCGCCCGCCGCCAUACAGUUCAUCACGUCCUUCGGCGGCGACGACGACCAACCACCACCUCCGAAACCUCUGUAUGCGGACAAACUGAAAAUAAACCUGAAGAAAGAACCACUAUAUUCAGAAGUUGCACGCAAACCAAAAAUGAAAUCCCCGGCGCGACCAAUGAUGGGUCCCUAUGGACCUCAACCCAGGUCGAAGUCUCGGUCAAUAUCGCGAUCGCGGUCGCGAUCCCGUUCUCGCUCCAAAUCCCGGUCGAGAUCAAAAUCCCGGUCGCGCUCCCGAUCCCGUUCGUAUCGCCGCUCGUAUUCGCGCUCGCGCUCACGUUCGUCGUCACGCUCGCGAUCACGUUCGCGCUCGCGAUCACGCAACUACCGCCGGAGGUCACGCAGCCCGCCAAAUCACGGAUAUAGCAAGCGUAAUAACUCCCGGUCGAUGUCCUACGAAAGUACGGAACGAGCUGAGAAGCCGGUGGCGCGGUACUACGGGCGGCGCGCCGAGGACCGGUCUUCCAGUGACCUAGACUCUUCCGACUCUACCGACCACAACAAAUCGGCGGUUGGCAAUAAAUCCAACUCAAACCAGAAUCAGUUACGAUCUGGAGCCAGCUCCAAAGGCCCGUCGCGCGAGACGCUGUCUUUGAAGGAGAAACUCCGGCGCAAGAUGCAGGCGCAGCUAUCAAGGCAACUCCGAGCCGACAAGCGGGCUGAGGCGGAGCGCUUGGAACGUGAGAACAGGCGCCAGGCACGCCGCGACCAAGAAAUGCGAGAACUAGCCAUCAAGCUGCGACGCAAGCAGCGAGAGAUGAGGCACCAACAGAAUCGCCGUUCCAGCGACUCGGAUUCUGACAAAUCACACAGCGGUUCGUCCUCAAGAGAGUCGAAUCCGGACAGGAAAAAAGACAGAAGUCGCACGAAGAGUCCCACGCCCGAAAAACGGAUCCCGAUCUGGGAGAACAACAAAGACUUCGCCACCGCGCCGCUACGCCGCCAGGCAGACAACCGCGACCGACGCUAUGACGACGAUCGCCGGCGCGACACUCGCUACGACGACCGCUGGGAGCGCCACGACGAUAGAUGGGAACGCCACGAUGAAAGAUGGGAGCGCCACGAUGAUCGUUGGGAUCACAGGCGCCGCCCCUUCCGUGGAAACUAUCGAGGCCACGCCCCCAGACACGCCCACUCGGAUUACAACCAUGGAGACGGCCCUUCCUACAGCCAAGAUCGGAACGAUGAACCUCCCAGGAAAGUGAAACUUGUCGAUUACUAGCGAUAGUUUAUUACCAAACACUUCUAUGUAGUACUAGACAACCCCCUAAGUUUGUGUCAAGUGUACGUGAUAAGGUUGUUUGGGGAUGUUGCCUGGGUCAAAAAGCAAGAGUUUUAAUUAGUCCGUCAGUUAACUUAUCAAAAAAUACUCUACUCGUAUUUUUCACUUUUUCAAACUAAUGAAAAUUUAAAGAGAUAAAGCGCCCCAAAGUUCAUAAGAAGAGGCCCGUGACGUCAACGCUUGCUUAAAAAUGCCGCACGUUGUGACGUCGUGCGCAACUUCAACGCACCAUAACUAUGUAAUUAUUUGUUAGAUUGACAAAUAAAAUUAUACGUGUCCAAUAUUUUUUGAUAUUAAACAUUACGGACUAAAAAAAUUUUUUUAGGCAACUAGCCUAUUACGCACACGUUGGGCCAACGUGCGAAUCUAGGAAAUGGUAUUGGCAGCAAUGUUGGGAUAAGCUAUUUUCCAGGUCCACACGUUGGACGAGUAGUGUUGGCCAACAUUGGAGCCAACAAGUGGUGUCAGCGUAAAAGUAAUUUAAUACUUGGAAGUCAUUGAACAUUACUAUUGAAUUUGCCGCCUACAAAAAGAAAUGUUCGUUGUUCGAAUCGAUGUGUCAAAACGUUUAUAGCGAUGACGUAAGCGCUUUUGAGCGAAACGAACUGAAAAAUUAACUUCGCCGGUUGAUUACUAAUGUUUGUGAAUUCGGUUAUUCGGUUUGUUAUUUUUAUUUUGAUACCUUUGGCGUAAGGUCGAUCUAAUCCCUACGCUGGAAUUCAUUCAAUUCUUUCGACUGGGUCGGCAAUAGAAAGUUAUGAAUUACAAGUUUUCUUUUUUUAUACAGCACAUGUAAUUUAUUCAUACGUAGGCGCCGGCGCAGCACCUUGCUAACAUUUUUCAUUAUUUGAAUUAGAAACUUAUAAUGAUGUUUCAAGGUUCAAAACAAUGAAAUUCAAAGCAUUAGACCAGGAGCCAGAGGUUAUUUUUAUGUUCAUAAGAACAUGACAUUCAAAGAUUUUUUAUAGAAUGGUUGUUGAAAUAGCUAAGUUAAGAUCUAUUUAUAAAGACAAUACAGAUUUCAGUCACAUUAUUCUAAAUAUUGCCACAUUUUUAUAUUUAACAGUUUUAUAUGAACUCUAAACUUCAACGAAAUUGUAAAUUUAAUUGUAAAAUUUAUUACGUCCCUUCCAGUAGCAUUCGUAGCUAGAUUCCACAUUAUGUAUUGUUACGAAUCUAUAUCCAGAUCUAUUCAUAUUAGAACAGAUGUUUAUUGCUAGUUAGUAUUUAAAUUUUGUACUGCCGAGCCCGAUAUUCAUACGAAGACCGCUGCUUCAAUCGGGGUAUUGAUUCUACUAUCAAUUUCAAUUCUUGUGAGAACACUACCGCUCUAUAUUGAAAACACAAUGUUAUUUUAUAUCUUUAACAUUCUACACUACAGAACAUUCGACACUACAGACGCAAUAUUUACAUUGCAAUCCCAUCGCAUAUAAUUUAUCUACUUUUUCCAAGGAAGUAUCUAACCAAUUGAUAAUGAAAGUAACAAUUUCUAGAAGCUAUCUUGACACUUAUUGUAAAAUCGAGCCCUGAACGAUAAAUGCAAGUAUCUUUUGGUAUGAAUAUCCACAUAAUCACUGUUAACAUCUACAUUUAUAAAAAAAUUUUGUCCGUUUUACUCUCUCAACAAACAAAGCCAUGUAACGUAUGUAUGUACGUAUGACCUAAACUAAACUGUCAACAACUCAUUGACAGGGGGACGCCACCAUCGUUCAACUAUAAAGUUUCCAACUUGGAAAAAAUCGGAACCAGCGAUCCGGUAUUGACGGUGGCGCCCCGCUGUCAAUGUCACGGGUAGGACAGUUCAGUAUAUUGGGUCUUUAAGAUGGAUGCAUUCGUCAAAGUCGCGCUACAUUAGGGAUCUGAGAAAUCUAGCAAGAUAACAGAAAACUUAUCAACUUUAAAGUAUACACUGUUGGUUAAAUGAAAUUGUAUAUAACAUUUGUUUACAAAAUGUGUAUAAAAAGGCAACUCUUUUUUGUAAAUUUGCUUUAAUGUAUCAGUCUUAAAUAAAUAAGUUCAUUAUACAAGUUA